CCCGUAGGUAUCGAUGCAUGCCCGCCGGUGGCCAACCUCCAACACUCGUCGACCACCGCCACCGCCCUCACGACCACUUCCUCUCCGCCACAGAGCUACUCGGAGUACUACACAGGCUACGGCUGACGCGCGAACACCCCUCCACCCCCGAAGCGCACUCGAUUCCUGCCCGCCCGGCGAACAGAACACUCCCGAUAACAGGUGGACGGCCCCAGAGCAGACUUGAUGGCAGCUCGACAAGGCACACGGCCAGGCGGCGGCGGCGCUCGCUUUGCACAGUUCAAGCUGGUUCUGCUCGGAGAAUCCGCUGUGGGCAAGAGCUCGCUCGUCCUUCGCUUCGUCAAGGACCAAUUCGACGACUACAGAGAGUCAACAAUCGGAGCCGCAUUCCUCACGCAAACGAUCGCACUCGAUGAGCAGACGACAGUCAAGUUUGAAAUAUGGGACACAGCGGGACAAGAGCGUUACAAGUCGCUAGCUCCCAUGUACUACCGAAAUGCCAAUUGUGCAGUAGUGGUGUACGACAUCACGCAGGCAGCAUCAUUAGAUAAGGCCAAAGCUUGGGUGAAGGAGCUGCAGAGGCAAGCAAACGAGAACAUCAUCAUCGCACUGGCAGGGAACAAGGCAGAUCUGGUCGCCGAACAACCGGACAAGCGUGCUGUACCAACAGGCGACGCGGAAGCAUACGCGAGGGAAGCCGGGCUGCUGUUCUUCGAGACGAGUGCAAAGACUGCCGAAAAUGUCAAAGAGCUCUUCACGGCCAUUGCAAAGAAGCUCCCAAUCGAGCAGGCGACUCAGCGUGGUAUGAGGGGUGCCGCUGGCAGACCAGGCGGUGUCGAUCUUGGGUCGAGGCAAGACCCAGGAGCAGUGUCGGGAGGACCGGGAGGAUGCAAUUGCUGAGAGGGUCACAUUGCUAUUGUAGGCCUUUGUGUUGCAUGGACCGAUAUCGUGGAUUGCCUCUAGAUGUCACGCGUGGAAACGACUGCACGUAGUGCUGCAGGGCGAGGGUGCUUCGGCCAAGGCGUUACUGGUGUUGCGGGCCAUUGCAUGUAGCGCUGAUUGAAUGAUAUUGCGAUCUCGACAGCAUUGCGUCCGUGACUCGGAGACAAUUCAUGGGAGGUAGCAAAUAAUACCCUUGUUGUAGUACAAUCUAGAAUAUAACGUUGAAGAUCAUCUCAAC